AUGGUGCUAACAAAAUUCCAUCUCUUCCUUGAAAGUACAAUACGACAACAGUUGACAAAUACAGAAGACAUACGUCGGAUACGAAAGAAAGCUCCUUGCACUCGCCUUGAAAUUUCAAUGAUUCAGAAACAAUUUUUGGAAGAUGAAAUGUUUAGUAAAUCCAUACUGACUGGUGAGUAUGGUGUGUCGAUGGAAUUUGCUUCUCUACACAGUCAAGCACAUGAUCUUAGUGAAACGAGGGUCUCUCAAAAUGAUGUAAAUACUGCUUCUUUUGAAGCUCCAUCAGACCUGAAGCUGAUUUCUCAAAAUGAUGAAAAUGGUACAAACUUGGAGGCACCAAAUGCCCAUGAUGAAAGUGAAAUGGAUGGCAGCAUGGAAUCUUUGCCAGUCAGAGGUAAUGGUGAAGCACGACCUCUUGGUACCACCUUGCGGACUGAGAACCAGCAGUGGGAGGACCAUGUGGUAAGCUCGGAGCCUUAUCAUACUCAAAUGCAGAUGAAGCCUACUGAUGCAGAGAAGCCCAGAAGUUCACAAGAAGAGCUUUUGGGAGAGGCAGAGAUAGAAAUUGAUGGAAGAAGCAUUUCAGUUGCUGAUGCAGUAAAUCCUGUUGUUGCUUUCGGAGUUGAGUCAUCAUGCCCUAUUGAUCUGGUUUCUGGCGACAUUUGUAAUAGCUCAGCUGACCUGCUCCCGUUAGCUUCCAUGGACAAAACCGGUGAGGCAGAUGCUUCUGCACAGAUUGAUGAAUUAAGUGUGUCAACUGAUCAGAAGUUGGAUAUGCUGGAUAAUAGCAAUUGGGAAGGAGUUGAUGGGAGUGAAGCUGCAGAUAGAAAGGAGGAUGAUAUUGCUGGAGCUGAAAUUAGAACUCAAGUGGGUGCUUCAGUAGAAGUUGGAAUGGACAUUCAGAAUGACUGUUCUGUAUGUAUGGACGGUGCAGAUCCUUUGACUACCUUUUCAGUGGAGAUUGCUUCCAUUGCCCAUGUUGUACCUGUCUACCAAGCCAUGGAAGAAAUCAGACGAGAGGAGCAAGUAGCAAUAAAUGAGAAUAAAAUUUUAGAUGCUGAAGUGGACUAUAAUGCCAAGAACUCGGCCUCUAAUGGCUUCUAUGGUGAAGAACUGACAAUGGAUUCUUCGUAUGUAGCAAAAGUCAAUGUGGAUGUGAGAAGCGUUUCUUUAGAUGGUGGAGGAAAUUCAGGCCGGCAGGAUUCUUAUCCACUGAGCAUCAUGGAUAUGAAAACUUAUGUACCUGACCUGGAUCAUUGUGAUGUAAGUUGUUUUCUUGUUUUUUGCACUGUGUAUUUAUCCUUGCCAGAUUUUCUUGACAAAACAACCAAAUGCUACAUUUUCUUGGAUGCUUAA